AUGAACAAACCAAUCAGCCACACUUGUGGAAAGAAUCGGCUUUACCAGACUCUUAGAACAAGCUUUAAAUUGCCAAGCCGGACUUAUAUUACCAAAAAAAUCGUUCCUGAUAUAUAUGACAGAAUUUACGAGAAAAUCAAAUAUUAUAUGAUUGAACGUUUGUUAGAACAAAAGCGGGCCAUAUCAUUGUAUGUUGCUGAUCACGAUACACUCAUAAAUUUGACAGCCCAACAGUGGAGUUUAAUGGAGCAGUGUAUCAAUUUAUUAAAGCCCUUCGAAGAAAUUACUCGAAUAACAAGUUCAGGACUAUCCUGCGUGUCGGAAGUUAUACCACACGUUACUGCUUUAAAAAAAUACCUAGAUAAAACUGAAACUGAGCAAAGAAGUCCUGAUUUAUCACAUAUGCGAGCCUCGUUAAAAGCUGAAUUAGAAACUCGUUUUAACUCCAUAAGUCAAGACACAAACUACUUGAAUGCAACUUACCUAGACCCGAGAUUCAAAACAAACUACUUGGGGGUGAUUGAUGCUGCAAGAGCACGCCAGGAGAUAUUAUUGGGAUAUUUGAAAAUGUCUUGUGAAGAGUCCUCAAGUAGCAGUUCAUCUUCAACACCGGCUAAAAAGAGUAGAGGAGAGGAGACAGAGUCAGCUGUAUCUCGCAAAGCUCAUGACACGUUUUGGGAUUGCUUUGAUAAGGUAGCAAAUGAAAACAAUACUGACCAAGUUCAACGUGAAGAAAGAAACGCGAUAACCUGAGAGCUGGAUUUUUAUCUCAAGUCAAUGCGAAUUGAUCGCAAUCGUGACCCUUAUUCUUGGUGGGCAGCGAAUGCCAAACAAUACCCAAAUUUAACAAAGUUUGCCAAAAUCUAUCUUUCAGCACCUUGCAGCAGUGUGUACAGCGAAAUACUUUUUUCUGAAGCUGGCCUUAUUUAUGAAGAGAAGCGAAACCGCUUGCUACCUCUCAAUGCAGAGAAAUUAGUAUUUAUCCACCAUAAUUUGCCUUUAGUGCAGUAUGAGUACUAAUUAAUUAAUUUUUUUCUAUUACAUUUAUU